CACCACGACCUGAACUGUGCGCGGUGCUACAAGCUCAAGAAAAAGUGCCUGCGCACGUACCCCGCCUGCGACUACUGCCAGCGGCUGAACACGGAGUGUGAGUACAUCGACCGGCGCAAGCGGCGGCUCCGGUUCGAGGAGGUGCCGGCCAGUCCCGGGGACACGCCGCCCGGGCCCGGGCAGUCGCGGGCGCCCAUUUUGGUGGCGUCGUUGAUGAACCACGACGACGACGCGGAGCAGCCGUUCCGCAACAUCGACCCGCUCGCGCCGCCCGCGGGCCGCGCGGCGCCGCCGGCGGAUCCCGGCGUGUCGCGGACCAGCUCGCGCAUGGCGCCCGCGGCCUUGCUGCGCUUGAAGCCGCUGGUGUCCGUGAACCGAAACGUGAUUUCCUCGUGCGUCGUGGACAGGGGCGCGCCCAGCUUGCAGGGCGAGCUCUUGGCCGUGCGGCCCGUGGCGGACGCGGGCUUGCCGUCGGCGUUUGUGCACACGUUCUUCGCCAACUACGAGUGGAAGUACCCGUUCCUCAGCCGCCACGACUUCUGCCGGAAGAUCGAGAACUUGUCCUUCCAGACCGAGACGCUCGUCGGGCUCGACGUGUACUUGGUCAUGGCCAUCGGCUGCAUCAUCUACGAUGCGAGCUUCAAGACGCUGCACUACGCGGCGGUCUUCAGCGAGUCGUUUGUCGAGUCCGUCGUGGACGUCAUCAGCUACGACAUCAAGUCCGAGGACGACCUCCACAAGGCGCACCUCCUCAUUCUCUUGAGCAUCCACGCCAUCAACGUGGGCAACACCAACCUCAUCUGGAACAUCGUGGGCUUCCUCGACCGCCUCAUUGUGUUCUUAUCCGACUUCACCGGCCUGUCCAACGCGUGCAUGCGCAAGCGCUGCUUCUGGACCAUCUUCAACUUGGACAAGGAGCUCUCGCUCCUGUUGGACAAGCCCAGCCAGUUCGUCCCGACCCCCAUCAUACGGCUCUCUGCGGACUUCUCCGACUCCUUGCACCCGGGCGAGCUGGACAGGAGCGCGGCGUUCAUGGCGCACCUGGUCAUGCUCCACUCCUUGCAAGACCGCAUGCUCUCCCACCGCUUGGGGUUGGUGCCUGCGGAGCAGGAGCUGUUGACCCAGCUCCUGGCGGAAAUCGAGGCCUGGCGCGUGGGCGUGCUGCUGCUCAUCCACUCGGAGUACGCCGAGCUGUCGCUCUUGCAGAACUUCAUUGGCCUCGUCAACUUGGACUACUACUACCUCUUGAUUGAGCUGGACCAGCUCUCGGAGACAGAGUCCUUCCAGUUCACGCUCCAGUUCUUGCUGAACUCCUUCAGUCUCCUCCUAUCAGAGGUCCUGGACAAAAAAGAGGUUGGCGGCACCUCCAUCUACUCGCUUUUCUGGUUCCUCAAGUUCUUCAAAGUAGUCGACUACAGUGUGGCGUCGCUCCUACGUAUGUUGGACGCCAACAAAAACAAGAGCGACUUGAUGAUUCGCUUGAACGAAUUCAACGGCAAUGUGCAGCUCGAGAUCAACCUCCUCAAAUUCUUGCUCGAGAGCAACUCGCGGCCUGCGCCGUUCGUUGAGAAAUUGAAGCUCUAUCACCAGAGACUAAAGACGUUAAACCAGAAACUCGUG